CCCCGCCCAUACCCUCUGUGGCGACAACUGACCCCAACCGCCCUCUCCAGCCUUCCACAGCCCCCAAAGCCCUCUCCUACCGCCGGCGACUCUGACCCAGCUUUCGACCCUCACCACCAGUCACUAUCACCACCUGACCAGCAACCGUCGCCGCUUUACACGUACGCCUACACCAAGUUCCUUCCUUCCGCAGUUCCGCCCUACACCAACGUUCCAUAUUGUCUCAAGCAAAUGCAGGAAAUAUUAGGUUUUAAAUCACCUAAACCUAAUAUUUCGACCUUAAACUCUUCCAUUAUUCUAUUGUUCUUAUCAAUGUAUGUGUUGGGCGUCGCUGCUUUCAAUCGUCGACUAAGUUAUUAGAAUCAUAAAAGAGAUGUACUAUCAUGGAAGAGAACACUGACACUCACUACCACAGGUUGUAUUGUUGCAGUUAUAGUUAAAUUGGGCGGCCGUGGUAUAAGGAGUUUAGUUAGUUGUUCAAGCUCAUAUCCAUUAUUUCAGAUGACUCCUUACAGGGUUUUAGCUCUCUUGAAAUCGCGUACUGCAUCGAGAUGGAGUUGCAGGCCAUUUCAAAAACGGGAGACCAAGAUUUUGCACCAAAAAGUUGUCACUCUCGGCUUGCAAAGCAGCAUCCCAUUAUCAAAGGGCCUUACAGAUUUGUACUGUUGUUGCCAAGAUUUCCGAUCCGCCAAGUUGGUCUUCCAGAAUCUUAACAACCCUCUGGACAUCACUUUAUGGAAUGGCCUCAUGGCGGCUUAUACCCGCAACUCUGGCUUCAUCGAAGCUCUUGAGCUCUUCAUCAGGUUACUGCUCUUAUCCCCUUACCUCAAGCCUGACGCCUACACUUAUCCCAGUGUUCUUAAGGCAUGUAGCGGUCUAGGUUACCACGUGCAAAUCGGUAAUGCAGUACACGGCCGCUUGAUCAAGACUGGUUUCUUGUUUGAUGUGGUCAUUGCGAGCUCUGUGGUGGGAAUGUAUGCAAAAGGGGGUGGUUUUAAAGCAGCGACUGAGGUGUUUGAUGAAAUUCCUGUCAGAGAUGUGGCUUGUUGGAAUACUCUUAUUUCAUCUUAUUACCAAAGUGGAGAGUGCGGCAAAGCUUUAGAGUUGUUCGAGAAGAUGAAGGAUUCUGGAAGCACGCCAAACUCUGUGUCUUACACAGCUGCCAUAUCUUCCUGUGGAAGGCUUCUGGAUUUAGACAGAGGCGAGAAGAUCUAUGCUGAACUUGCGAAAGAUGGGGUUUCCCCAGACUGUUUUGUUUCCUCUGCUCUUGUGGACAUGUUUGGGAGAUGCGGUCAUAUUGAGAGAGCAGAGGAGGUGUUCAGGCGAAUCCCAAACAAGACUUUGGUUUCUUGGAAUGCCAUGAUUUCUGGGUACAGUUUGAGAGGCGAUAGCAAGUCGUGCAUUGACCUUCUUCUGAGGAUGAAUGAAGAAGAUAUUGAACUUUCUCUGACAACCUUAACCAGCUUGCUGAUGUCGUGUUCCAGAUCGGCCCAACUGUUGCACGGUAAAUUUGUCCAUGCUUACAUCAUCAAACACAAUAUAGAAACCGAUAUGUUUGUUCAAUGCUCGCUAAUUGAUCUCUACUUUAAAUGCGGAAAAGCUGAGACCGCCAAACGAGUCUUUAGUACAACCCCAAAAGGCGAUGUAACUGCCUGGAAUACAAUGAUCUCUGGGUUCGUGUCAUCCGGAUUUUACUUGGAUGCCCUUGACAUCUAUAGUGACAUGAAUGUGGUGGGAAGUAUAAAACCUGAUGCAAUCACGUUCACUAGUGUAUUAGUAGCUUGUUCACAAUUGACAACCUUAGAGAAAGGGAGAGAGGUUCAUGAUAGUAUAGUUGACCAUAAGUUAGAUUCAAAUGAAAUAGUAAUGGGAGCAUUACUGGACAUGUAUGCCAAAUGUGGUGCUGUUAAUGAAGCUUUUGAAGUGUUCUCCCAUCUUCCCCGGAGAGAUAUUGUCUCAUGGACCUCUAUGAUUGUGGCUUACGGGUCCCACGGCCGGGCACUUGAAGCUUUACACCUCUUUCAUGAAAUGCUCCAACUGUCUGAUAUUAAACCGGACAAGGUCACAUUUCUUGCAGUCAUUUCGGCUUGUAGCCACGCGGGAUUAGUUGAUGAGGGUUGCCAUUAUUUCAAUUUAAUGAUUAAUUUUUAUGGAAUCAAACCUGGAAUUGAGGACUACUCUUGUCUCCUAGAUCUUCUAGGACGUUCCGGAAGAUUAAGUGAAGUGUAUGGAAUUCUUCAGAGACACCCUUCCAUGAGAGAAGACGUUUCAUUGUUAAGUACACUGUUUUCUGCUUGCUAUAUGCACAAGGAAGAAGAAGGUAUCAGGGAGGAAGUUGCAGAACUUCUAAUCCAGAAAGGUUAUAAUGAUCCAUCAACUUAUGUGGUUCUGGCAAACAUGUUUGCAAGUAAAAAGGAAUGGAGCAAAGUGAUGGAUGUGAGAAUGAAGAUGAAAGAACUUGGGUUGAGGAAGAACCCCGGUUGUAGCUGGAUUGAAGUUGACAAGAGAAUGCACACCUUCUUUGCUGAUGACCAAUCAUUACCAGCUGCCGAAAUGGUAUACCAAUGUCUGAACACAAUAAGCAACCAUAUUGACACAUCUGAAAUUAUUGUGAUUUGGGACCAGUGGAAUUACCACCAAGACAUGGUGAAUGUUUGAAAAGUACACAUAGAGCGUGAAGGGGUUUUAUCCAUUGUGUUUAGCAUAAGACAUGUUGUCUUCCAGGGCUUCUAUAUAGCACGGUGGUGGUCGUGCUAUUUGUGGUCGAGCAAAUAAUGGUGCUAUUGUUGGUGUGGGAAGAACCCGAAAUUUGUCUUUAGGGGAACAUAUAUCUAGACUGAAUGGUCAUCACUCACCCAACACCUGCGCGUCAAAUGCAAGUGCCUCAUUUGCUUCAAAUACUAGGUCUGAACUGUUUAUGUAGCCUAACGUGACACAACAAAGUGUCCCACACACAGCCCUACGACCACAUCGUAGUCUGCGACAAGAGUAUACAUGGACACCGUCAGAUAAUGGACAAAUGAUUUCCAAACUUCAUUCAAAGUUUUCUAGUCGUUAUACUGCACGCAUGUCAAAUUUGAGACUACAUGUACAAAAACAAAAUCCAGAUUUUCUUGAAGAUCAAUAUUAUACAAGAUUCAUUCCCUACUGGCCAGAGCUUGUAACUCCUCACACAUGGGUUAAAUUAUGCAACUAUUGGAACACUGAUGAAUGGAAGAAGAAGUCUGAAAUUGCAAGGUGUAAUUGUGUUGGAAACCUUGGUGAGGGUGAAGUUCCUGCUAAAACAAAAGGAAGAAAGUCAAGAGAAGAUUUUUAUUUUGAAAUCGCGGUAGAAAUUGGCCGAAUUCCCACAAUGGAGGACUUUGGUGAUGAGUGGUGUACAAUUGACCCUACACAGACCAGCCGCAUCCGACAACCCAUGCUCGUUGAUUGGUAUGGUGAUUGUAAAGGUGUAAUUUUGUGUGUGUGCUAACCUUUAUCCUUCCUAAUGUGUAGCUAAUUACUUUGUAUUAUUGCCCAUAUGUUAAUAUUAUUUUGGAAGAGCAGAUUUUUGUAUGAAAACACCCAUAGUAGGGGAAAACUCAAUCGAUAGAUAGAAGCUCUAGAAAUGAGGAAACUGUGAUAUAGUUUAAUUUACUUUACUACUCUGUAAUACAGUAAUUUUAUCAUGAAAGCAUGAAAGAAAAAUAUCGACCAGAUCGGGCACAACAUCUUAUGUUUGACUAUGAGAUAUGGGCAGAGAUUGGACGAUUAGUCGGCGUACCAGGACAAUUAUCUCAUCCUCAUUUGCUUCAACCAUCUAAACCGGAGGAGGGUCGAUGUGUGGUUUUGGAGCGCAAAUUUGUUGAGCUUAAAGAUGUUUUUACUUGGACUGUUUUCAGACCAGACCAAACUAGACCUGGAUGGCUGGAUAGUUAUAAAAUACACAGAGAUCAGACAUUUACCAAAUUAGAUCAGAAAGUUUCGGUGCAAGUAAAAACAUCCUAAGAUGAAACGGAGACAAUGCAAGUUGGAAUGACAGAGCUUCAGAUGGUAAAUUAAAAAUUGAUGGAAGAAAAUCUAGAACAAAGAACCUAUUUCAAUUCUUCUAUGAGCAAUAUUUGCGGGGUUCUAAUAAAUAUGGGUGUUGUUAAUCCAAACAUGAUCGGAUCUCAUUUAAUUGUUUUGCGGGAGGAGGGUCUUCAUCUCAACAACACUCGCCAUCUAUGUUUGGGCAGAUGUCACAACCCCAACAACCAUUACCAUUCAAACAACAACCUGCAUACUAGUUUUUGAGAUGACAUACGGUCAAGCACAACAUGAAACGUUGAGAGAUUAAUCUCUACAAUUUGGUCUCAUUGGUUUGACACAACCUACAUCUAAAAGGUGCUCAAGAGCAGGGGGGCGGAUCUAUAGUAUAACUAGGGAAACAUCAACGAGGAAGCAUACUGUAGAAUCCCUAGUUCGCCAAAUUCUCCUUCUUCGUUCGGUUGCUACCGACAAGGUUGAAAGAGCUUUCUAAGUCAUGAAAAUUGUGAAGACCAAGCGAGAAAUCGGAUGGGAGAUGAUUGGAUGAAUGCGGAUGUUUUUACUUGGACUGUAAUUCCUCCCAGAUCAGACCACUUCAGACCAGACCAGACUUGGACAGUUAUAAAAAUACAAAAAAACUAAACCAGACCAGUUCAGACCAGACCAGAUCAGACCAACAAAUUACAGUCCAAGUAAAAACAUCCUGAGUGUUUAGUUCCCAUACUGGAAAGUGAUGUGUUUGAUAGCAUUGAUGAUGAGUUAAUUAUUCAACACUUUCAAUAUAAAAUUCCUUUUCUAGAAUUUUAUCAAUAUGAGACUUGAAAGAUAGAUGAAUUAUCAAUUCGCGACCUAAAAGAUGAAAUGUAUCAGUAUAGGACUCGAAAGAUGAAAAACUAUCAAUCUGGAUGAUUACAUUUCAUAGGUUUUGAUUUAUUUAAUUUUUUAUUAAUUUCAUUGGUAAUAUUUGGUGAAUUGUUUUUCACAAAAGUUUAUUAGCUUAAUAAAACUAAAUAUUAUUUAAAUUUUUUAAAAUAAAAAUAAUAACAAAAUUUAUGAAAACUUAGGUCCCGAAUUGAUAAUUUUCAAUCAUUUGGGUCAUAGAUUAAUAGUAUUCCAUCAUUCGGGUCAUAUACCGAUACAUUUUCUUUACUAUAUCUAUUUAUUUUUAUUUAGCCUUUUUUAGAUGUAAUAUACUACGUAUAUUAUUAGUGUUAUAUAUGUGCAUACACUGAGUCCCAAUGCCUAGGUCCGCUCAAGAGUGUCUCCCUUCCUUGCAAAUCAACCAACUAAUGCGCUACCUAUUCUUCCGUUGUGGCGUACUCGUGAGAGCUCAUCUACCUAUUAUUCUGAUGAUGAUGAGGAGGAAAGUGACAAUAAGAAUGAUGAUAGUUAGUAAAGAAUGUAAUGUGUUCUGAUUUUUUGGUUUACUCUGUUAUAUGUUCUAUGUUUUUGGUGAAGUCUCUGGUUUUUGUGUACUAAAACACUGAGCCUCAGCGGGACACGUAAUGUCAGCAUGUUUUGGAUAAUUUGUGUUAUAAAAUUGUCUCUCAAUAAUACCAUCACUCAACGGCA